AUGGCCGAUGAUGGAGUGAAUCCGAAGGCUUACCCCUUGGCUGACACUCAACUCUCGCAGAAGCUGCUCGAUCUCGUGCAACAGGCGAUGAACUAUAAGCAAUUGAAGAAGGGCGCAAACGAGGCCACAAAGACGCUCAACCGUGGAAUUGCUGAGGUGAUCGUCAUGGCUGCAGAUGCUGAACCACUCGAGAUCAUUCUUCAUCUGCCACUUCUUUGUGAGGACAAGAACGUGCCAUACGUCUUCGUCAAGAGUAAAGCCGCUCUCGGUCGCGCUUGUGGAGUCACUCGCCCAGUCAUUGCCUGCUCAAUCACGCAAAAUGAGGGAUCUCAACUCAAAUCUCAAAUUCUCAAAGUUAAGGAGGAUGUCGAAAAACUUUUGAUC